CUUAACCAAAAAAUGACUCGGUUGUGAGCUGCUACUAGGGUUUAAGACCGUAGCCCAAAACCCUUUCACCUCCAUUUCUCAUAGCUUCAAUGGCUUCUUCAAUGGCCGCCCUCGCCCGGAGGCUCCACCUCUCUCUUCGUCCGGCCACCAAAGGCCUCAACCUCACCAUCCCAUUCUGCACAAAGGGCUCGUCCCUAGAGACCCCCGAGUCGGACGAGGCUAGCCCCGAGUCGGACGCUGAGCCCCAGACCUCGUCGCAGGCUCCCGCCGGACAGCGCACUAUCUACGAUCGGCCCCUCGAGAAUGGCCUCGACGUUGGAAUUUACAAGGCGAUAAUAGUGGGGCAGGUCGGGCAAGCCCCAAUACUGAAGAAGUUAAGGAGUGGAACACAGGUCGCUCUGUUAUCGGUGGGCACGGGUGGCAUUCGUAACAACAGGAGGCCUCUGCAAAAUGAGGAUCCGAAAGAGUAUGCGAAUCGCUGCUCUGUGCAGUGGCAUCGGGUCUCAGUCUAUAAUAAAGAGGUUGGGGAGAUUGUCAUGAAGCAUGCUAUUCCCGGCUCAAUCUUAUACUUGGAGGGAACUCUGGAGACAAAAAUAUUCACUGAUCCCAUAUCUGGCACUGUUCGGCGUUUAAGGGAGAUUGCAAUCCGCAGAAACGGCCGUAUCGUGUUUAUUGGAAAAGCCACCGAUGCCGAAGCACUACCACGAAGGGAUAUGAAAGGCAUUGGCUAUUUUUAGACGUGAAAACAAAGACCUCGGAAUACUUCUCGCAUGGAGGCAUUCACAGCCUAACCUGUCAUGCGAAUCUGAAGGCAGAUCGUUGACUUCAAUUCCCGUUUUUAACAUCUGUUUGCGACUUCAAUGUAAAUUCUCUAAGAUGCGGAAGCUGUAACUGUUUAGGGGAAAAUUCAUCCAUUUCUUUCGGCAUCAGUAGAAUCUGCAGAUUCACAUUGGGACUACCUGAAUUUUCAGGUCCUCCUUGAUGCCAUUGUCUUUGGAAUUUCACCGCAGAGCUCGGUUGAUGAAUGGCAAGUUGAUUUUGUGCGAGCA